GGAGAGACGCCACCCAGCCACGGCUCGCACUCGCGGCCCGGGGUCACGCGCGGAAGAGGGGCGCUAGUCCGGACCCCGCCUUCGGUAGGGGGCGUCCUGGAGCGGAGAGUGAGGCGAAUGGUAUAUGAGUGUGCGGGUAGCCCACCCUGAAGCCCGAGCUUCUCACUUGAGCCAUCCCCGCCUAGCCCCACUCGGGCCAGCGCCUGGCGAGCGAGCCCAUCUGUGGCUUCCGCGGCCGCCUCCUCCUUGCAUCCUUGCACCUCCUCGUCGACCCCUCCCUCCCGGGACCUGCAUCCUGCUCCACCAAUCAGAGCCCGACUGCCUCUUCCCACGUGACCCCGGGCGGGCUGAGGACCUGCUGCUUCCCAAACGCCAGAGGGAUGCGGGCGGCAGAGCUCGAGAGGCGGCUGCCGGGCUGCGGGGCGCCUUGACUCUCCCUCCACCCUGCCUCCUCGGGCUCCACUGGUCUGCCCCUGGACUCCCGUCUCCUCCUGUCCUCCGGCUUCCCAGAGCUCCCUCCUUAUGGCAGCAGCUUCCCGCGUCUCCAGCGCAGCUUCUCAGCGGACGACCCUCUCGCUCCGGGGCUGAGCCCAGUCCCUGGAUGUGGCUGAAACUCUCGAGAUCAUGCGCGGGUUUGGCUGCUGCUUCCCCGCCGGGUGCCACUGCCACCGCCGCCGCCUCUGCUGCCGCCGUCCGCGGGAUGCUCAGUAGCCCGCUGCCCGGCCCCCGCGAUCCUGUGUUCCUCGGAAGCCGUUUGCUGCUGCAGAGUUGCACGAACUAGUCAUGGUGCUGUGGGAGUCCCCGCGGCAGUGCAGCAGCUGGACACUUUGCGAGGGCUUUUGCUGGCUGCUGCUGCUGCCCGUCAUGCUACUCAUCGUAGCCCGCCCGGUGAAGCUCGCUGCUUUCCCUACCUCCUUAAGUGACUGCCAAACGCCCACCGGCUGGAAUUGCUCUGGUUAUGAUGACAGAGAAAAUGAUCUCUUCCUCUGUGACACCAACACCUGUAAAUUUGAUGGGGAAUGUUUAAGAAUUGGAGACACUGUGACUUGCGUCUGUCAGUUCAAGUGCAACAAUGACUAUGUGCCUGUGUGUGGCUCCAAUGGGGAGAGCUACCAGAAUGAGUGUUACCUGCGACAGGCUGCAUGCAAACAGCAGAGUGAGAUACUUGUGGUGUCAGAAGGAUCAUGUGCCACAGAUGCAGGAUCAGGAUCGGGAGAUGGAGUCCAUGAAGGCUCUGGAGAAACUAGUCAAAAGGAGACAUCCACCUGUGAUAUUUGCCAGUUUGGUGCAGAAUGUGACGAAGAUGCCGAGGAUGUCUGGUGUGUGUGUAAUAUUGACUGUUCUCAAACCAACUUCAAUCCCCUCUGCGCUUCUGAUGGGAAAUCUUAUGAUAAUGCAUGCCAAAUCAAAGAAGCAUCGUGUCAGAAACAGGAGAAAAUUGAAGUCAUGUCUUUGGGUCGAUGUCAAGAUAACACAACUACAACUACUAAGUCUGAAGAUGGGCAUUAUGCAAGAACAGAUUAUGCAGAGAAUGCUAACAAAUUAGAAGAAAGUGCCAGAGAACACCACAUACCUUGUCCGGAACAUUACAAUGGCUUCUGCAUGCAUGGGAAGUGUGAGCAUUCUAUCAAUAUGCAGGAGCCAUCUUGCAGGUGUGAUGCUGGUUAUACUGGACAACACUGUGAAAAAAAGGACUACAGUGUUCUAUACGUUGUUCCCGGUCCUGUACGAUUUCAGUAUGUCUUAAUCGCAGCUGUGAUUGGAACAAUUCAGAUUGCUGUCAUCUGUGUGGUGGUCCUCUGCAUCACAAGGAAAUGCCCCAGAAGCAACAGAAUUCACAGACAGAAGCAAAAUACAGGGCACUACAGUUCAGACAAUACAACAAGAGCGUCCACGAGGUUAAUCUAAAGGGAGCAUGUUUCACAGUGGCUGGACUACCGAGAGCUUGGACUACACAAUACAGUAUUAUAGACAAAAGAAUAAGACAAGAGAUCUACACAUGUUGCCUUGCAUUUGUGGUAAUCUACACCAAUGAAAACAUGUACUACAGCUAUAUUUGAUUAUGUAUGGAUAUAUUUGAAAUAGUAUACAUUGUCUUGAUGUUUUUUCUGUAAUGUAAAUAAACUAUUUAUAUCACACAA